GUGCAUCAUCCAUGCAGGACAACGUGGAGCAGCAACUCCUCACCUGCCAGGAGAUGUUCCUGGAGAUCGAGCAGAAGGUGGCGAGCCUGUCAUCGCUCAGUCAGGUUGCUGGUUUGCAGCAGCAGGAUGAACUGGAAGCUGUGGGAUCCCAGCAGGAGGUGACUGAGCUGCUCUUCUCCAAACUGCAGUUUCUCAAGGUCAACCUGAUCUCCUUUCAGCAGCUUCUUCAGAACAGACAGGAGGAGGAGAGGACGACCGACCGCAGAGAGUCACUGGAGCAGAAGUCGGUGCCUCAGCCUGAGCGUCCCCUGGAGUCUAAGUUGAAGCGCAGCUGCAGUGUUCAGGAGCUCUUCUCCUCACCAAGAAACAAGCUCCUCAGGCAGAGCAGCCUGCAGCAGCAGAAGGAGCUGGAGCAGAUGCUGACGGAGCAGAGAGGACUGACUCAUGCCCUCGCUCGGCAGGGCAGCAGGGCCCGACUUCACAGCCAGGAGCCAGACGGCCAUAGCCAACUCUCACCAUGCCCGGCUCCUGCUGAGGCCGAUGCGGAGGAGGACUCUGCUCAGAAGAAGUGGGAUCACCUUCACAGUCGGCUUCUGGCUGUGGAGGAGAGCUGGCUGCUUCCUCCCUCUGAGGUGACAGACUCAUCUGUGAGGCGCACUGAUGGGACAGCAGGAUGUAUGAUUGGCACACAAAGCCUGAAAGAGCUGCAAACCCACAUCAAUCACGUGAGAGAGCUGGGACAUGAAGCUGCAGAGCUUCUGAGUCAGGUCUCCUCUGUGGAGGGCUCCCGUCAGACCCUGGAUGAGGGUUUGUUCCAUGUGCUGUGCGGAGCAUCCUUGUUCCUGUCCUCCAUCAACAACCUGCUGCACUCGCCUGCUGGGACGAUGCACGGUGAAGACGCUCAUCUGUGGUCGCUGCAGCUGCAGCAACUGUCAGCAGAGCUGGCCGCCCUGGGCAGCGAGCUGCUUACCCUGGGGUCAAAGGUCAGUGAUGUCCUGGGGUCCGACUCUGCUCAGCGGUGUGUUGCGGACCUGAGCAGGAUCCUGCCCGGGCUCCAAACUGCACUGAAGAGCAGGGAGAAGCAGCUCCAAAACCUGCAAGAGGAGAUUGAACAGCAUCAGAGAAACCUCAGAGAGCUGCAUGCAGCCUUCACCUCUAACCGGCCAACUGUUCACCACAUAAUUAAUGAAUUGAGUGGAACUCUGGGCCUUAAUGAACAACUACAGGCUGCAGUUCAGAUGCAGGGGUGUCUGCAGCAGCAGGCUGAGCAGGUGAAAGCCCUGCUGGAUGAGGCUGACCGACACCACCUGUCUGCCUCUGUCCUCUACCAGACCACGCAGAUACAGGAGGACCUGGAUGCUGCUCUGGGUGGUGUUCGCUCCCGCUGUGAGGAGCUGAGGAGCAGCGUGGAGUCGCAGCAUCAGUAUGAGCGGCUUGUCCACAGCUAUGAGGAGCUGCUCACUCUGGGCUCUGAACGCCUCACGCAGCAGCCUGACACAGAGCUCCGGAGCAGGGCCCAGCUCCAGCAGCAGCUCAGCAGACACACGAAGUUCUUCCAGUUCCUGGGCCAUCAUUAUAGGAUCCUGCAGUACCUAACCUGGAGACUGCCAGAGAGCACCCUCCAGAGGUGGGAGGGUGUAGUAAUGGGUCUGCAGGAUAAGGUGGCCCAACUGCAGCAGCACGGACUGGAAAAGGGCACCAGGAUGCAGGAAACAUUGCAGAUGUGGUCACAGUGGGAGGAGGACAGUGCCUGGUCAGACUCCCUGCUGAGAGGCAUCAAGACUUCAUUUCCCAAGAUGCACGAGGGGGGCGAUUCUGAGGAGCAUGUGUCAGAUAAGCUCUCUGUAUACCAGGAGCUGGGUGGUGUUCUGAAGGCGAACGAGGCGCGGUUCAGUCGGAUGCUGCAGAGGGGGCACCGACUGAUGAAGCUGGGCUGUAGAGCAGUGGUUGUGCCCACCAAUGAGCUGGAGGCACGCUGGAGAUCUCUGCAGAGGAGAGUAGAACAAGGUCACACCAACAUCAGCAGAAAACGGGACCUGAGCAGCAGGUUUCUCCGUGACUCUGCCGUACUGGCUGACUGGAUGGCCAUGGCCAGAGAGCUGACUGACCAAUGGAGCCGGCUCUCGGUCGCAGCCAGUGAGGAGACGGAUGCUGAACAGUGGCGUGGCCAGUACCUCCAGUGUGUUGCUUUCACCAAAGAUCUGGAGGCCAAAACUGAACUGAAGGUCUCAGUGAUUGGUGCCGGCACCCAGCUGGUCCAGAUGUGGGAAGCAGAUGGACACUCCGAUGGAAGCCUGGAGGACCAGGCUGCUCCGCUCUCCCAGAGUUCAGACCUGAAUCUGUGCUCCGUCAACACCCAGCUCAGACAGGUAGAGCUGGACUGGUCCAGUCUGCUGGAUGAUGUUCCUGUUGUCCAACAAACCCUGCAUAAGCGGUGGGUCGAGACGCUGACCCAGCAGGGGGCGCUACUGGAGCUGCAGGCCUGGCUGGGAGCUGCUGAGUCUUUGCUGGAGGAGCAUCGCAGCAGGAUCAACCAAACAUCCUCCACCAGUGCUGAUCUCACACAGUUCCUGAAAUACUGCAAGGAGUGUCAGGUUGAGACGUCGGCCCAUCAGGCCACACUGGACUAUGUGAACCAGUCGUUAUGGGCCUGUAGUACUGAGGACGACCAUAGGGAGCGCUAUAAACACAACCAGUUUGCAGAGGACCAGGGCUGUCUCAACCAUCAGUGGCUCAGAUUGCAGGAAACCCUCAACUCUCAGGUUCGGGAGGUGGAGCUAGAUUUGAGGAGCAGAGCGCAGCUGGAGGCCCGACUGCUGCAAACCAACACCUGGAUCACAGAGCAGAACAGCUGGAUCAACUCAGCUCAGACACCCAGCAGCCAAAUGGAGCUGCAGAGGAGCAUCAGCACCUGUCAGGACUUGGAGGAGAAGAUCAGGCAGAGGUCGGCAGCUCUUCGAGAGCUGAGAGACAAGCUUUGUGACACACAAGGAAACAGCAGCUGUGAUUUGAUCGCUCAGACAGAUGAAUCCAUCCAGGCCUGCACGGCUCUCGCUCAACUGAAAGAAUCAGUGAAACUUCGGCUCAUUCGGGCUCAGCAGCUGUGGGAUAGCGUGGAGAAAAACCUGAAUGAGAUGAUGCUGAAAACCUUGAGAACAUCUCAGACCCUCAAUCAGUGCAGCCCUCAACUCUCCCUUCAAGCACAGAUAGCGAUCCAUCAAAGGCUGCAGCUUCUUCAUGAGGAGACAGAAGCUUCAAAGGCAGAGUGGGAUGAACUGAGUCAAGCCAUGUCCUCGCUCAGAGAAGUCAUCAGUCCUGCCGCUGCCACGCUCCUCACUAAGCAGCUGAACCAACAGAGAGACAGUUGGACUGUGGUGUGUGGAGCUCUGGACCAGCAGCUCCAGAGGAGUCGGGGCAUCUUGCAGGUCUGGGAGGUCUACACUCCACUGGCUGCAUCUCUCUCCCAGCAGCAGCAGCUGCUGCAGAGCGACAUCUCCUCUGCUCUGAGUGCAGCGCCUGAAGACGACAGCACGAAGGAGCAGGUCGCCAUCAAGAUUCACAGUGUUCAGAGUCUCUUGGAGAGGACUGGCAAUUUGCAUUCUAACCUGCAGGAGGUGCUGGAUGCCUCCAGGGACUUAACUGACCACCUGGAACCAUUAGCUGCUGGUCUGGUCCAAUCAGAGAGCAGGCUGUUUUCACGUGACAUCUCACAGUUCAGCCAGAUGCUGUCAGGGAAGCUGGGUCAGCUGCAGGAGGAGCUGCAGCAGCUGCAGGACUUUGAAACCAGCCUGGAGUCUCUGGAGAGAAACUUGGAGCUUUGGCACCAGCGUGUGCAGAAUGUGCAGGCAGCAGACCAGGCUGGUCUUCUGGAGCUGAGCGGCCUGUCUGCUGACCUGGAUGUGCUGAAUGAGCUGAGCCGCAGCCUGACGCUAGACAACGCUGCUGCUUGCCGCCUUCAGCGCCUCAACCGCCGCUGGGCCGACACCUCCACCAGAGCCGAGGAGGCCCGCAGUCAGCUGCAGACGGAGACGCUGAAGCAGCAGAACUUCGGGCAGAAGUGUGAGAGCUGGAUGUCUUUCCUGCAGAGGAUGGAGGACAGUCUGGCAGUGGAUGUGGCCGGAUCUUACGUCGGCCUCAGACAGCAGCUCUGCACACAUAAGCGGUUUCAGGCAGAACUCCCCAUUGCUCACCAGAUCCUACAUUCAGUCAUCACUGAAGCUCUUCAUCUGCUGCAGAAAGGAGAAGUGGGGGACAGGACUGACUUUAUCCUGAAACUGGCUCAGCUCAGAGAGAACUGGCAGUUGGCAGUGCAGCGGGCAGACCAGCGAUGCUGCCUGGUGCAGGGGCUGAUGAAGCACUGGCACCUUUACAGCCACAGCCUGAGAAAGCUGCAGAAAGCGCGCCCUCCGCCAGCCACGACGCCCCCGGCAGCCCCUGCUGGUGAGAAAGACGGCAGCAGGGCUAGAAUAUCAGAGAAAUUAGAGAGUGCAAAUAUGAGAAUUGUCUAA